CCCAGGUCAAGACGUAGCCAAUGGUCUUUGACGCAUUAUGUCUACGUUGGACAAGAAUCCGGAAAAGUGAAAAGCCCGCUUGGAUUCAAUUUUGAAAAUCGCCGUUAGCCAUGAGCUUUGCCCCGAGCCCCUCGUGCCCUGGCGGGGCCCGCAGCAUCCAGGAGCAGCGGGAGCGUUGGGAGAAGAAGAGGAGCUGUGCUGGUCGCGAGCUGGUCCAGACAGAGCAGCACUACUGCGAGCAGCUGGAGCUGGUCAUCACAUACUUUGUGGAGAUUUUGAAGGCCAAAGGAACCCUCCGGCAGGAUAUUAGAGAGAGCAUCUUCAGUUCAAUUAAAUCCAUUCAUUUGGUAAACCAGACCUUGCUGGGCCAUUUGGAGCAGGGGAAUUUCGGCCUUGGCUUUGAGCAGUUCUACCCUCACCUAGACCAUUACAACACCUACGUUGACAAUAUCCAGACGGCAAAUAAAGUCUUACAGAUUCAGAUCAAGAAGAACAAAGGCUUCAGGCGUUUCAAGAAGCUCCAGGAGUCUCGCCCGGAGUUCCAGCAGAGGAAGCUGGAGGAUCUGCUGCCUCUUCCCCUGCAACGCGUUCAGCAGUACAAGCACUUCCUACGAGACUUGACAGAGAACACAAGUCCAGACAACCCUGAGUUUGAGCAGCUUUCAAAGGCAUUGAGGGCGGUCUCUGAGGUGGCCCAGCGCGUCCAGGACAACGCCCGGAGCCACGAGAACCACCUGCAGCUGCGGCGGGUGCAGAAGCUCCUGAAGGGACGCAAGGCUCGGCUGCUGGCUCCAGGACGGUGGUACAUCCGGGAGGGCUGGCUGCGCACGGUGCCCCCUAAAGGCAAGGAGACCAAGCCCAAGAUGUUCUUCCUCUUCUCCGACAUCCUGCUGCUGACCAAGCCCUGCAGCUCCAUGCACCCCACCAACGCCGACAAGUUCAACUGCCAGCGCUGUUUCCCCCUCAAGGAGUGCACCGUGGACAAGGUGUUUGGCCACACCAAGAGCCAAGGCGGCCUGAUCAGUCUGACCUUCGCUAAAGCUAAGCUGCUGCUGAUGUCCAGUGAUCAGGAGGAUAUCAACGACUGGUAUCGCAGCCUGUCGCUGGCCGUUGGGCAGCUGAAGUCCAAGGGUACAGUGGUGCACCGCAGGGAUGACCUGUGCAGGCGUCCUCUGAGGUCCUACGAAGAGAGCCAACAGCAAACAGCCCCCAGGACCCCCCUGGCACAGCCCCCAGGACAUGACAACUCUACUAGCACCCAAGCACAAGGCAGGAAGAGAAACAUGGAGCCGCGUGAGGGAAGCAGCAGCAGCAGCAGUAGUCCAAUGACCUUCAGAAGCUCCCAGCCUCUCACCACCUCCGAGAACUCCUCCAGUCCACCCAAGAGGAUCAAGCUCUCUGAUGCCCCCAAGGCAGGGUCUCAGGAGUCCUCUGGGUCCAGCUGUGUGAUCCUGUGAGGAGCGAAGACGCUUCAGGAGCAUCACGGGAGUGGACAAUGGACACGUGUGUGAACGCAGGUCUUAUCAGGGUCUUAACAGGGUCUGAAUUUCUUCAAAUCUGUGCAAGCCAUAUGGGUUCUUAAGAGCCUCGAAAAUGCACUCUAAUGGGAAUUAUGAACAGUUUUUUUGCUGGAAUGUAUACCAAAGUCCACAACAGGGAGACCAAAAAUACUGUGGAAAAGACUGUUACUAUAUUACCUGAUUUUAAGUUACGUAUGUGAAUGUGUUAAAAAUGGAUAUACACUAGCAGCAGUAGACUUCAACAGCCAUUUUAGAAUAGAUCAUGAUGUUCAAGGUGUCAAGCGCCAUCCCAGUCAGCACAAAUAUUCCUAAACAUUAUUAUUACUACUGUAUAUUUACUAUAUAUUUGUAUUUUUUAAACUCUCAAACUAUUUAAAAAUGUUGCCAAUCAUGUACUAAAUUACUAACAUAGCUUGCAAAUACUACUUAUCAUGUCGCGCGCUAAAAUGUUCUGGGGAUAUUGGGAUGAUUACAUGUGUGCAAUAGUAGACUGGAGUGUGGUAGUAAUUUACUACCUAUGUAAAGGAACUACUGAAAAGACUGAAAGGACUCGAAUACCCUUAAAUCAGAUUUAUUUAUCCACUGGA